AUGAUGUUCCAAUCUCUUCCUUCCCUCAAGCACCUUCUGAUCUUUUCCUUCCUGGCCACUUCUGCACUCUCACAAGAUCAUGGCGAAGAGGCUGCUAAAGAGAUGGGCCCUGUCGCCUUUAUGUGGCCGGCAGACCGCGAGUGGGGUGCCGCACAGGACAAUACUGCUCCCUGCGGUUCUUCACAGGGUAUUGCGAACAGAACCGAGUUUCCCCUUGUAAAUGGGCAGGUCGCACUGGUGAUGCAAGAAGAGGCAUGGCAUGUCAUGGUGUCUAUUGCUCACACGCCCAAUCCGACCUCAAACGACGACUUCGAGCUGCUGAUAGACCGCUACCAUAUUCCAGACGUCGACCCGGGCCAUGAGUGCUAUCCUCUUCCGCAGAAUUUCUCGGACGGAAUCCGCGCCGGAGCCAACGCCACUCUGCAGCUAGUUUACUUGGCCGAUUUCGACGACCGGGGCGAGAGCAACGGGAACAACGAGACGUUCUAUGCCUGCGCCGAUAUCACCUUUGUCGAAGUCAGCGACUUCACCUACCAAGUGCCAUGCUUCAACGCGACGGUGCCUGAAUUCACCCUCCCCUCCGAAGGUGACGACGAAGACAACCAAGACAGCUCUGCUUCCGGCUCAGACUCGGCGUCUGCUUCUCCAUCUCCAGCCAGCGGCUCCAGCAGCGGCAGCGGUGGCCUCUCCGGCGGCGCCAUAGCCGGCAUCGUGAUCGGCGUUGUUGCCGGCGUUGGGUUACUGGCUGCCGCAGGUUUCUUCAUUUGGCGGCUCCGCAACCAGCGGGAACGGCUUCGCGCGCAGGAGGCCAGUGUUCGCGCGGUGAAGUGGGAUCAGGCGGAGCGGCCGAGCACGACGCCCAGCGAGCAGGAAGGCGAUGUUGCGCUCCGGGACAUUCAGGCCAGAGCUUGA